AUGGCUUCACCUUCCCCUCUGAAGAUGCUCGCCGUCGUGUGCGUCCUUGUGCUGGUCGGCCUCAGCUUGAGCCAGCAGGCGACGGCGUCGGGCUGCGAUGACUGCGCUGACGGACACAAUCCGGCGGCUUGUGCUCCCAGCCAAACAUCCCGGCGCGCGUGUAUGCGUGUUGAUUGGUAUGACGCAAAAUGGCAAUAA